UGACAUUGACAAGAAUGGCAUGUUUAUAUUGUUUUUAUCUCAGCCAAUUUGAAUUUAAUGAGAAAUCAUUUUAAUAAAAUUUUAUAAUAUUGUUUGAGUUUGCAAUCUAGAUGUACAUAAAUAUCAAUACUUACUAGUCAAAGGAUAUUGCUACAAGAUCCCCAUGUAUUUAAGUAUAUUGUUAUUAUUUAUUUUUACUGCUAAAUUCCCUAUAAUUUUAGCGAGCGACGGCGAUCGGUCACCUUUUUAUCAGAAUUGCUUAAAAAGUUGUUUAAAAGAGAAUUGUACAGGUGAUGGCCACUCAUUUACAAGUGCAGCUCUUAAGCAGCAAGACUUCUGGUGUAGACUUCUUAAGUGGAGCUGCAGAGAGGAGUGUCAAUAUAAUUGUAUGUGGAAGACAGUUAAUGGUUUUCAGGAGAGGGGAUACAGUAUUCCCAAAUUUCAUGGCAAGUGGCCUUUUGUAAGAUUAUGGGGUGUACAAGAGCCAGCAUCAGCAUUUGCCUCACUCCUCAAUUUGGCAUCUCAUAUUUACAUGCACAAUGAGAUAGCCAAGCGGUUUAGUGUUAAGAAUACACCACUUGUACUGUUCUGGCAUGGGUUUGCGAUGGUGUGCAUGAACGCUUGGACAUGGUCUACAAUAUUUCACACGCGGGACACACCGUUCACUGAGUUCAUGGACUAUGCAUGUGCAUUGUCUAUGGUGAUGAGUUUAUUUGUGGCAGCAAUUGUCAGAGUGUUCCAUAGAAGAAAGAAGUUUGCGAUGGCGAUCCUUGCGUUGCCCAUCUUGUAUUAUGUAGAACACGUGCGCUACUUGUACUCGGGCAGGAUAGACUACGAUUAUAAUAUGAUGGUCAACAUUUUCUUUGGCGUGCUGGGCUCGGCGACGUGGGUGUGCUGGGCGGGCGGGCAGCUGGCGGCGGGGCGGCGGCACGCGUGGCGCGUGGCGGCCUUCACGGCGCUGUCGGGCGCCGCGCUGGCGCUCGAGCUGCUCGACUUCGCGCCGCGCCGCGCCUGGGACGCGCACGCGCUCUGGCACCUCGCCACCGCGCCGCUGCCGCUCCUCUUCUACAGGUGCUCAGUCAGUCAUGGCUGUGGCCCAUCGACGUUUAGAAAUCCUCGGAACGAUUUGUCAUAGACGACCUCCAGUACCUGCAGAGAUCCAAAAUCGUUGUCAAAAACGACUUGAAGCUAACAUAAACAUAUUAGUUCGUUUUUAUCUUUUAAUAAUGUUAAAUAAUAAUUUAAAUAAUAAAUUUUUUGCUUACAAUA